AUAUGCAACUUAUUUUUAAUUUCCAAUUCUCAUCCCUCUGUCACUCUGUGAACAGAUUUUGUUAGAGUUAACAGAGCUUUCACUCUCUCCAUUGUGACCGGCGGCCAGGUUGUGGCCUGUGGGUGGCGGCUGACGACGACUCCUAGUCUUCCGUCUCCAGGUCAGCGGCGGCCAGACGAAGACUCCAAUGGCAGAGAGUAGCUAAGUUCCACAUGACCACAUGUCAAAUUAUAUGAUGACUCAUCACUACAUCAAACAACAUGUGGCAUAAUGAUCUGACACGCAUGAAGCAGCAACUAACGUUAUACAAUCAAAUAAUUUCAUCCUCCACCAACCUAUUAUCAUUCUGAAGAAAUUAAGGAAAAUAGCUGAGAAUAAUGAGUAGUUUCAAGUGUUUCCACGAGACAUGGUUGCAGCAGUUGAAGGAAAUGAUACACCAGCUCAUGCAAGCUCCCGGUGCGACGACCACCGUUGACCACCACAACUUGCACCAACGGCUUGUCUACAAGGUCAUGUCUCACUGCCACAACUACUCCAGGGCCAAUUCGGCCGCCGCGAAGCGUGACGUCCUCCACGUAUUCACCUCCCCGUGGGCAUCCUCCCUCGAGCGCUCGCUUCACUGGAUCGGCGGCUGGCGCCCCACCACCCUCUUCCACCUUCUCUACACCGAGUCCAGCAUUCUCUUCGAGUCUCACAUUGUCGACAUCCUCCGUGGCAUCCGUAACGGAGACCUCGGCGACCUCACCCCUUCCCAGCUCCGCCGCGUCAGCGAACUCCAGUGUGAAACCGUCCAACAGUCCAACAGGAAAAUAUCAUCACCGACUAACUCUCCGAUUGGCAGAACGGUGGGAGCGAUAUAAUGGGGAUGAUGGGCGAGGGGAAGAUAGAUGCGAAAAUGGAGAAGCUGGGGGAGAUAUUGGAGAUGGCGGAUGAGCUAAGGAUGAAGACAAUCACCAACUUGGUGGAGCUUUUAACGACGCGGAAAGCGAUGGAGUUCUUGAUUGCGGCGGCGCAACUCAUGUUCGGCAUCCGUCGUUGGGGUUCAUGACAGGCGACCGGAGAACGCGGAGCCAGCCUUUCAGCCUCAUCAGGACCAUAUAUAAGUUUCUAAUUUGAAUUUAGGGGUUCUUAAGAAUCCUUUUAAAAAAGAAAUUGAAUCUAUAUCUUGACACAACAAUUUAGUAGAGUGAAACACUUCACUACUUAUUCUUCCACUUGAAUCUAGCUUCUAGAGUGUUGAUUAGAGUAUGUAGAGAUUAAGGCUAAACAUUAGUGUAAUGUACUAAUGUAAAGUCUUUGACCUACUUUCCUAUACUAUACUACAAGGCUAAUAUACUACACGGUCAACCGGUCUUUGACCGACUCUCCUACACUAUAUGAGUCUCGGAUUCGAAACUCUAUAGAGGGAAUUGAACACUAAUUCUGAGCAUAUUACAUAAUCUCAAACACGAAUUGAG